GAUGGAGCCAAGAAGGGGCUAGAUUUGUGCUACAAGCGGUGGACAAGGAAACAGGCCCAGGGGAGUUGAGUGACUUCCCUGAGGAUACUGGCUGAGAAGUGGUGGAGCCUGGUGUUUGUCCACCACGAAGGCCUUGGGCACUGGAAUACCUGGAAGCUCAUGGCUUAGAAAAGUCCCCACACUUGUCUUAAGAAGGCUAGAACUGUGGUUUCAGCUUUGUCAUAGGCCAAUGUACCCCCUCAGGCCUCAGUAUUCCUCUCUGUUAAAUGGGCUGCUUCCCAUUUAUGGGCUCUGUCUCCUGGGCUCCCCACCGCUAGUUUAGCUUCCUGACAUUCUCUGUCCUCACCUCCUGGGGGUGGGUUGGAUUGGCUGCUGAGUGACAGCAGGACACGACUUCUCAGCUGGCCUUGCCCUUGGCUGCAAACCCACAGGCUCUGGAAAUACCCACUCUCCACACCCCCUAUGUCUCACACUCCAGUGACUUCCCUCUUCCUAUUUCUCCACUCCAAGGAGGUGGCAGGGUGACCAUUUUGGGGGGUAGGGCUGAGGAAGGAGGAAGCGGGGGUGCAGACCGACAAAGGGACACCUGGUUUCUCAACCCCGGGAGGAGGGGACUUACCAGGCCCUGCUCCCCAGCAACCAGCCCAAAGGAGGGGCUUUUGGAAAUCCUGCCUGUCCCUCCCACCGCUGCCUCCUGGCCCACGUGGCUCCCUGCCCAGAAUCUUGCCUGUCCAGCAUCACAAAUGGGGCUUUGUGUUCCCAAGACAAAGAACUGCUCCUCACCCCAACCUGGGCCAGGCUGUCUACCCUGCCCAGAUCUUGGCCUCAGAAGGGAUGCUGCCCAUUUCUCAGGAGGGGAAACUGAGGUCUAGAGAUGGGCAGGUCUGUGACACCUGAGGAUGGGGUCAGGCCUGGUUUUGGGAUACAGCCAUAGGAGCACAUUGGUAAGGACUUCUUCAACUCUGUGAGCAGAGCUACUGGUGUUACUGAACGUGGAGUUGAGAAGGCCUGUGCGCAACUGGCGUUCACGAGCUGAUAGGAGCACCCCACUGCCUGGGUCCCCAGACCCAAUCACCCCUCUGGGAUGAGAAGCCUUCUCUACUCCGAGUCUGUGAGUGCUGCCUGGGCCUCCAGGCCAGCAUCUCAGAGGAAGGGGGGCUCGGCCAGUCUCUGUGCCAGGAACGAUGCCAGGUGCCUUAAACUGUUCUCUUGAUUCACCCUCCAGUCACUUCCUUGAGAACGGUGAGACCCUUCCCACAUGGCACUUAUAGAUGCACCCUGUCCCUCUCCUGGGUGGAUGGUCCCAGCAGGCUACACCCCUCUCUGGGCAGCCCUUGCCCCUCUGUUCCCUCAUUGGGGGGCUGUCCUGAAAGACCUCAACCCACUACACAUUUCAGGUCAACGCUUUUCAGACCAACAGGAAGUGGCCCAGCCAGGCAUAAAAUAUGGGCAGUGUGGCCGCAGCCCCAGGCAAACUGCGGGGUCAGACACCGGAUAUUUGACAGGUGACAGAGCUGGCUCUCUGGAGGCUGGGCUGGCACAGUCGAUAACCUUGGUAAUUCCUCCCAGGGAGGGGUGUUUGGGAAUGUGACUUCCUGUUCAACUCCGGAAACGCCUCGAGACAGCUGGGUGGCAGUUUGGUUGGCAUCCCAGGGGACCCCCUGAGUAGGCCCCCAGGUUCCACCAGGGGCCCUGGGGGGUAGGGUGCAGCUGAAUGGCUUGCCUAAGGCCUCCGCAAACUCCCUGGAGAAAAAAGUUGGAGGGAGGGGUGCCAGGACACCUGUCCUGAAGCCACAGCUAUGUAGCAAGUACUGUUUCCCCCUUAGGUUGUACAUUUACUUUGGGGAGGGUAUACAGCAACAGAUAAAGAUCACUGGGGCAGGCGGGAGGGGGAAGGUUUUAACGUUGAGGCCACCACUGUUCUGGGUCCAACACUGGAUCACCCUUCAUUCCACACUGAAGGAUGUCACAAUACCUCUAAGCCUCGGGCCUGCCCUGCUAGACCCAUUUCCCAGAUAGUCAAACUGAGGCCCAGGUCUCUUUGGGUCACAGGACACACCAGGCGGUGGCAAGCCAAGGAGAGAGUUUCCAGGUUCUGAAUCCCUCACCAGCCUGGUGGGAGCACAGGGUGGGGGGCCAAGGAGAGAGACUGGGAAACAGGAGUUUGAGCCUGUCUUAGAGCCUGGGCAGGGUGUGCCUAGUCCCGCUGGUCUGGGUGUGGGCUCCUUCACUCAUUUGGCAGGUGCUUUCCUGUUGGUGCCCAGCCCUGGGCUGACCUGAUUGAGUCAGGCUCAGUGCCAAUCCUUCUAAGAGCUUUCAGGCAGGUAAACAACAAACCCACAGGUAGAAAUGAGUGUCUGCAAGUGUAUGCCCUGGGACAGGCCCUUCUGGUCACAUCAUCGCAUUUAAACCUUGGAAAAUGGACCCACCUAGAGCUGUGGGAGCGGAGCAAAGGGAGGAAAACCAUCUGUCCAGGGUGGGAGACAUCCCAGAAGGCUUCCCAGAAGAGGAGACAUUUCAGCCAUGCCUGAAAGGACAAGACUAUCAAACAAUUUCUGUGAACAUCUUAUCUGCCUGUCACUUUUCCGAGACCUGAAUUUGCAUUACUCCAUUUAAUUCCCUCAAAAGCUGGUGAUUGAAAUGCUAUAGGAUCCCCACGGGACAGAUGAGAAAACCAGAAAGGCUAGGUGAUUUGUCCAAGACCACACAGCUACCAAGUGGUGAGGCCAGGAUUCAAACCCAGGAGGUCAAACCAGUUACUAGCUGUGAGACCUGGCCAGUUAUUUACCAUAAAAAAAUUUUUUUAUAACCUCAGUUUCCCUCUCCAUAAAAUGGGGGUAACAAUACUUAUUAGCCUAUAGGGUUAUUGUGAGGACGAAUAUGAGAUAAUUGUAAAGCACUUAAAACAGUGCCUGGCGCACAGUAAGCGUUCAAAUAACUGUAGAUGACUUGACGACUUUCAUCAUCGCUGUCGUCGCUGUUACCUUCAAGACUCCCCUCCCCCUCCGGCCGCGGUUUCCUCCCCCGCAGUACCAGCCCGUGACGUUGGAGCAGCCGCUCUCACAGUCUGGGUUUACUUGGAAACUAAAAAGCGAGGGAAGGGGGUGUUCGCAGCCCCUCCCUUGACUCGGAACGGACCCCAGGGAACGUGCGACUCUCUCUCUAGCGACUCCUCCCGUCGCCCGCGGAGACUGCUCCGGGACAGGGCGCACAGGUCCCACCCCGGAGGCGGCACGGGAUGAGUCUCGACGAGCGCUCCUUCCCCGGGCACCUGUCCCUUCCCCGCCUUCGGAAACCUCCCGUCCACCUACCCAAGUCUCGGAUGGGUGGUGCUGGGACCCCGGGGCAGGGCGCCAGAGUCGCAGCUGGUGACAUGUAGACGCCCCCGGUCCAGCCUCGGAAUCUGGGCUCCCUCCUGCCUGGAAAGUUUGGGCUGGGCGCCAUGGCCAAGAGCAGCUCCCUGAAUGUCCGCGUGGUGGAGGGCCGCGAGCUACCCGCCAAGGACGUGUCUGGGAGCAGUGACCCCUACUGCAUAGUGAAGGUGGAUGAUGAAGUGGUGGCCAGGGCCCCCAGCCCCUGCACCCCGUCUUACAGGACAGCAACCAUCUGGCGGAGCCUGAACCCCUUCUGGGGCGAGGAGUACACGGUGCACCUGCCCCUGGACUUCCACCACCUGGCCUUCUACGUGCUGGACGAGGACACUGUCGGGCAUGAUGACAUCAUUGGCAAGAUCUCGCUGAGCAGGGAGGCGAUUACUGCCGACCCCCGAGGGAUUGACAGCUGGAUCAACCUGAGCCGUGUGGACCCAGAUGCGGAGGUGCAGGGUGAGAUCCGCCUGUCGGUGCAGUUGCUGGAGGAUGUGAAGGGCCGUUGCCUCCACUGCCAUGUGCUCCAGGCCAGGGACCUGGCCCCCCGUGACAUCACUGGCACGUCUGACCCAUUUGCACGUGUGUUUUGGGGCAGCCAGAGCUUGGAUACCUCAACAAUCAAGAAGACCCGCUUCCCUUACUGGGACGAGGUGCUGAAGCUGCAGGAACUGCCAGGAGCACCGUCCCCGCUGCGGGUGGAGCUCUGGGACUGGGACAUGGUGGGCAAGAAUGACUUCUUGGGCAUGGUGGAGUUCCCUCCCCAGGUCCUGCAGCAGAACCCACCCAAUGGCUGGUUCCGCCUCCUGCCGUUUCCCAGAGCUGAAGAGGAUGUUGGGGGGCUCCUGGGGGCUCUGCGGCUGAAGGUGCGCCUGACCGAGGAUCGUGUCCUGCCCUCCCCGUACUACCAGCCGCUAGUGGAGAUGCUGAUGGAGUCUGUGCUGAGGCCGGCGGAGGAGGAUGCUGCUAGUCCCUUGGCUAUCCUGGAGGAGCUAACCUUGGGGGACUGCCGCCAGGACCUUGCCACCAAGUUGGUGAAGCUCUUUCUCGGCCGGGGCCUGGCCGGGCCCUUCCUGGACUAUCUCACCCGGCGCGAGGUGGCUCGGACCACCGACCCCAAUACUCUGUUCCGUUCUAACUCGCUGGCAUCCAAGUCGAUGGAACAGUUUAUGAAGCUCGUGGGCAUGCCCUACCUGCACGAGGUCCUGAAGCCAGUGGUGAACCGCAUCUUUGAGGAGAAGAAGUACAUGGAGCUGGACCCAUGCAAAAUGGAGCUGGGCCGUACCCGGCGGAUUUCCUUCAAGGGCACGUCCUCAGAGGAGCAUGUGAGGGAGACCAGCCUGGGGCUGCUGACUGGCUACUUGGGACCCAUCAUGGACGCCAUUGUGGGCUCUGUGGAGCGCUGUCCGCCCGCCAUGCGCCUGGCCUUUAAGCAGCUGCGCCGGCGCGUGGAGGAGCACUUCCCCCAGGCGGAGCACGAGCAGGACUUGAAGUACCUGGCCAUUAGCGGCUUCCUCUUCCUGCGAUUCUUUGCACCUGCCAUCCUCACUCCGAAGCUGUUUGACCUCCGGGACCAGCACGCAGACCCCCAAACCAGUCGCUCGCUGGUGCUCCUCGCCAAGGCUGUGCAGAGCAUUGGGAACCUGGGCCAGCAGCUGGGCCAGGGCAAGGAGCUGUGGAUGGCCCCCCUACAUCCCUUCCUGCUGCAGAGUAUCUUGGGCGUGAGAGACUUCCUGGACCAGCUGGUGGACGUGGAAGGGGAGGGGGAGGCUGGGGGCUCAGCCAGGGCCCUGGUCCCGCCCUCAGUGACCAUUCGAGAAGGCUACCUGCUGAAGCGCAAGGAGGAGCCUGCCAGCCUGGCAACACGUUUCGCCUUCAAGAAGCGCUACUUCUGGCUCAGCGGGGAGACGCUGUCCUACUCCAAGACUCCUGAGUGGCAGCGCUCCUCCAUCCCGGUGUCGCACAUUCGCGCCGUGGAGCGUGUGGAUGAGAGCGCCUUCCAGCUGCCCCAAGUGAUGCAGGUGGUGACGCAGGACGGCGCGGGGCCACUGCACACCACCUACCUCCAGUGUAAGAACGUGAGCGAACUGAACCAAUGGCUGUCGGCCCUCCGCAAGGCCAGUGCCCACAACCCAGACAAGCUUGCCGCCUGCCACCCGGGUGCCUUCCGCAGCGGACGCUGGACCUGCUGCCUCCAGGCCGAGCGCUCAGCCGCUGGCUGCAGCCGCACACACUCAGCUGUCACCCUGGGGGACUGGAGUGACCCUCUGGAUCCUGAUGCAGAGACCCAGACGGUGUAUCGGCAGCUGCUUCUGGGGCGGGACCAGCUCAGGAUGAAAUUCCUGGAGGAUUCUAACAUGGAUACAACUCUGGGGGCCGACACAGGGAAGGGCCCCAGUGUCAAGGGAGGUGACUGUCCUGAUAUCCUGGCCCAGCAGAGAAUGGCAGCUGCCCACCUGCUGGACGUGCUUGAAGACCUGGAUCGAGCCCACGAGGAGUUCCAGCAGCAGGAGCGGGACCAUGCAACUUCCAGGCCCCUUGAACCCUGAGAAGCCAGAGCCCAGCCAGGGAGGAGGAGCAAGGAGCUGUCAGACCCUCCCCAGCAUACUCUGGUCCAGGUGGCCUGUCCUGUACCAUCUUGAUACAGUGGCUUGGAGUCUCUCAGAGAUGUGCCUAGACUCAGAACCUGGAACCAGGUGCACAAAAGCCCUCAGGCAGAGGGCAGCCUUGCACUGAAGUGGACUGGAGUGGAUGGGAUAAGGAAUCUGAGUUAUGUGACUGAGCCUGAAGACUCUCCUUCACCUGACUGGCCUCUAAUCACACCAACAAGGCCAGCCUGGCUCUGAGCUGCUGGAUACAGCUGUACCUGAAUUCCUUAUGCCCGUGUGGCCAUGUUUCCCCGGACACUAAAUGGGCUCAGCCCUUCCUGCCGUCAUGUCCGCCAAUCCCUGUAACUCCCUGCACCUUGCCCUUGGGAAAGGACCCCAAACCACAAGCUUUUAGAAUCAGGCACUCUCAGGAAAAACUGAGGCAGAAGUCCAGUGUGCCUGGGAAAUCUUGGGGCAGGCUGUCUUCCCCCUCUCUGAGCUCCAGUUUACCCUCUAUAAAAUGAAGGAGGAGUGAAUUUAGUUGUAUGGUUCUCAAAAUGUGUUCCACCAAGGUGCCUCAGGAGCCAGGAAGGAGUUUCUCAGACCGUGGUUCAAAGCCCAUGGCGGGGGGGUGGGGGGUGACUGAUGAAAAUGCAAAUUCCUGGACCCCACUGAGACUUAAUGUGCCAGAAUCUGAGAGAGUGUAGGGGGUAGGAAUCACUAUUUUAACAAGUUCCUCAGGGGAGGCCGGUGGCCAUUUGUUUAUAGAACAAGGUGACUGGGGCGUGGGCAAUUUUAUAUAUUAGGGUUUUGGUUGAGAACGAACCACAGAGGACAAAAAGUUUGAAAACAGCUGGCUGGCAGAACUGGAAGGGCCUCCAAGGACUUGUUUGUGGAUUUGCAUGACUAGAGGGUUGGAUACAGCUGGCACCUACCCAGCAGGGGAUAAAGUGGACAAGUGAUGUGGCACUAUUCCGUGAGCGGCCAGUAGGGGGCGCCUGGAG